AUGUACCCCUACAGGCAACGUGUUUCGUCACGUCCUCGCCUUCUUGCUCCAAGACCGACCCUGGAUAUGAUUACGAGACCCUGUCUCCCCACAGUCUCGGAAGCAGGCGAUCGGCUUGUUCCCAAUCCAACUACAGUUGCAAUAGAUCCGUUAGUUCGGAAUCCAGCCUCACAGUCCCACUAUAUGCCAGGGGCUUCCACCAAUGAAUUCCCAGAAACGGAUUCCCACGCCCGUCGAUCAAUUCCCUACCUGCCUGGCUCGCUUCAAUCCGCCGUCCCGACGAAAAGGUCGGGUCCGUCUCAAAUGCUUCCACAGCCUAAAAGACACAUGCGGGACACCGAUACUGACUCUGUCUAUAUCAUCGAUAAGGCUCUAAACUUGCUGCGUGAGGAUCUUGAAUCGAGACAUUCGGCCUCUGCGACUUUUCCACCGGUGCUGACUGAAGCUCAAAUAAGAGCCUCCAUUGCCCAAUAUCAGGAAUCUAUAGAAAAUGCCUCAAAGCAAGGUGUGUGCUCAUCCUGUGGGAGGUUUGUGCCGGUUUCGGAGAUUGUAGAGAUGGAGGACAGUGACCCUUUGCUUGAGCCGCUAGCUGCCCACCUUGACUACUGUGGCAAACAUGACGACGAGUGGGAUAUAUGUUUGACCUGCCUCAAGUCUCUAUCCCAACAUUCUGUGCCGAGAUUUUCUGCUUUGAACCGUGUGAACAUGACAAUGUGUCAAAACCAUCCGUCGGCGCUUGAAGGCCUCACCCCAGUCGAGGAGUGUCUUAUUGCUAGGAGUCAUCCCCUCGGAAUAAUUUUGAAGUUGCGCCCUGGCGGCCACACGUCACCGGUAUCCUAUCGUGCUCUGCGCGGCCACUUCAUCGUCAUCCCGCAGGACCCGGAGCCACUUCUUGAAAUUCUUCCAAGCCCAGCAUUAAUGUUGCAUGAUGUGAUUAGGGUAUUUUGGUUGGGAAAACAGCCCACCACCUACGCGGAUUUAUCUCCAUUUUUGCUGGUACGAAGGCAUAGGGUACUUACGGCUCUCCAAUAUCUAACACGACAUAAUCAUGUUUAUUACAAUGUUACCGUCAACCAUCAAAUGAUCGACACAUGGGAUGACGACUUCAUUCCAGCCGAACUUCAAGAGAAUAUCAUUUCCGUGGAUCUGCCAGAUAGCCUGGAACGAGAGGGCUACUCGGUUCAUUUGGAUGCUGGUAACCACGAAAAUGAUUUCCAGGCUGCACAAGAUACUGACCUGGAGAUGGGUAUCAAUGCGCCACUGGUGACUGGGUCUGUCUCCACUGAUAUUAACGGUGAACGACAGAGCCCCGAGAGGCGCCUCUUGAAAGCCUUGUUGGACAUAGUUUCGAACCCUCCCGCAUCAUCCAUCCAACAUACGCUUACACAUGGCCAGCAGCAAAUACCUAGCCUUUCAUACAGAAUUCGGGGCCAGGCAACCCUUGUAGACCAUUGGCAUGAUGCAGCGUACUUUACUGGAGCCUUUCUAACUUUGUUUCCGCUGGGCAUCGGAGGUCAUCUGGACGAACGCUCAUUGGACGUCUCUUUAUCUUCUUUUGCGGAGUGGGCACUGAAGCACCACAGCAGGAGAUUCGCGCGCCACAAAACUUUCAUGUAUCUGAUAUACGACGUGCUCCAGAUUCGAAAAUCUUCACUCGCGAAUAAAUUGGUUCUUCAACGUCGGCACUGGUCAUCAACCACUGGCGAUAUUUCUUCUCUCACAGAGGAUCGCCUUCGUGAUGCGCUGCGCGAUCUAGAGAACCAUCAUGAAAUCAAAGAUCCAGCGAUUUCCCGUCUGCUACAUGUUAUGAAAGCAAUUGCCAUGUGGGUCCCUGGAUCUUUCGCUCAAAAAUUGAAAAUGCGCUCUGAAAUCCGAGGUCUCAUCGUCCGUUUUGGUAUGCCUGCUUUUUGGAUUACCAUCAACCCCUCGGAUUUACGAAGUCCACUUGUCAUCAUCUUGGCUGGUGUUGAGUAUUCCGACGAUAUCUUGUCGGCCUCGAAUUCCGCUAUUCGAGAUGCGACCGCCACGUCCAACCCAGUGGCGGUUGCCUCAUUUUUCCAUAAUGUCUGUACCGCUGUUUUGGAAGGAUUGUUCGCCAGCGGGCGCGAUCGCACUGGAAUCCUCGGCGAUGUUUCAAACCAUUAUGGCGUGGUUGAGACCAAUGGCAGGGGGAUGUUGCAUUUACACGCAAUGGUGUGGCUCAAAGGCAACCUCUCAUUUGCUAAUCUGCGAAGCCGCGUCCUCGCCGACGCUGACUUUGCUAUGCGCGUACUCCAUUACCUCGAAAGUGUCAUCAUCCAGAGCGUAGAUGAGAGUACUCCCGUUGACCCGGAAGUCAAUCUUGCGCCAAUGUGCCCCUCGGCUUCCGACCCAGAGUCGGAUCAUGAUUUCCACCUCAGACUAUUCAAUGAUAGCAACCUUGUUGCUCGGUCUAAACAAUUGCGCUCCAAUUGGCACUUCGCCACGUGCUUCAAAUACCGCCCGACAGACCGGUCUAAAAGCACGUGUCGCUUUGGGAUGCCCCGUGAAAUCGUUCCAUCGUCCAAGAUCGACGAUCUUGGGGUGAUUCACUUAGCUCGGAAUCAUCCCUGGAUAAACCCGUGGAAUCCCACCAUUGCCAGCUGUCUCCGUUCAAAUCAUGAUAUCUCUUGGAUCCCGACCGUCUCAAAAUCGUUGGCUUUAGUAUACUACAUCACCAACUACGCCACUAAAGACGACGUGUCUCCAUGGCAGAUGAUAGCGAAAGGAGCACUCUUGAAGCAAGCGAUCGAAAAGGAAAAAACCGCUGACCCACCAACCGCCAGUGAUCUGCGGCUUCGGGAAAGGAAUAUGGAUAAUUUCGCCCUCCGUUGCUUCAAUAGUCUGGCGCACGACCGGGAAGUGAGCGGUGUUCAGGUCGCCAGUACGCUGCUCCAUCUUCCUAACUACUACACUGUCAACGCCAAUUUCGUCCGUGUCAACCUGUGGUGGCUUAGGCAGUACGUACGUGAUCUUCGACGUGGGUCCAGUACAGACGCUGAUGAUUCCGCUGGAACUGCCGACGAGCCCUGUACAUUCCAAGCUGGGGAUACAGCUCCAGUGAGUUUGUUCGACAAUUAUAAAUGGCGUGGGGCCGACCUUGCCGCCUUCUCAUUCUUUGAGUACUGCAUGCUGGUUCAAAUAGGAAGCAAGCGAAGGAAUCAUCCCGAUCACUUUGACUUUCACCCGCGCCACCCAAGACGUAGUGCCUGUGUCCAGCAUGUCGCCCGCUCAUCGUCCCAGAUAGCCACCGUCGCAUUCAGUGGGCAACUCACACAGUACCAAACGGCGGAAGACUCCAUUCGCGGAGGGCAUCCGAUGACCGAUGCCAUUGCGAAUGAUCUCGCGGAGAUACUUCUCGGUCUUUUUGUUCCCUGGGACAAACUACGCGAUAGGUGUCUUUGUGAACCUCCCGAAACCAAUAUCUUGUCUCACAUCUGGUCGUCGGUCAAACCCACGCUUGCGCCACAUAUCCAAGAAUUUGCCGCUAAUAUCGAGCUUCUCAGGAAAUCCAAGGAAGACUGCCAGAUAGAGGCUAGAUUACGACACUCUAUGAACAACCCCGCCGAGCUGUUCGACCGCCAUGUUGAUCACAUGGAUUCGGCCGACCUUGAGCGCAUAGACGCACAGGAUAACGAUUGUUUCGUAACUCCUGAGGAUGAGAGGUUCACGGCGGAGACUUUGAUUGCCGCCUAUAAUACUGUGAGCACGACCUGGGGCCGUGAUUGUUUUAUGGCUGCGAAGAGAACAGCAAUCCUGGCAACUUUCUGCCGAGCACACAACUCCGCACGGAUAAACCCGCUUCCUUCCAGUACUCAUUCUCUCCGAUCAGAUCACUCCUUGGAUUUAAAAUUUGUCCCACCCACGGUCCUACGGGACUGGGAAAGCCACCUAACCAACCAUAAGAAACCCUUUCAGGACGGCGGCCCGUCUGAACCUGCUACCGCUCAACUGCAUGAAUUUGAUUUAGCAGAUGAAGACGGCGUGCUGCAACCCGUAUUGACCAACGCAAGCAUGUCUGGUGGCACGGGUAAGACCCAGAUACCUAAGGCCAUCGAAGCCGCUCUGGAUAUUCUUGGUCGGAAACACGAGAUCAUCCUGACCGCCCCCACGGGGGCUGCAGCAGACAAUUUAGGAGGUAACACCUAUCAUACUUCUCUUGGCAUCAAUCUUUCCUAUAACGCAGCCAUCAGCACCCGCGUUAGAAGGCUAUGGGCGCAAAAGACUAUCUUGGUUAUUGACGAAAUGAGCAUGGUGGAUUUGAGAAUGCUAAGCGUGAUCAACAAUCAAUGCAAAGUCGCUCGGUCACUGCCAAGAUCCUCUCCCGACCUUUUUGGUGGCCUUCCCAUCGUGAUUCUUAUGGGCGAUUUCUUCCAGUUCCCUCCUGUUCGCGGCCCACCACUGUGGAAAAAACCAAGAUAUGGAGUUGAUGAGGACGCCGCCGGCCGGCUGGUCUGGCAUAGAUUUGAACACGUCAUCAUUCUCGAUGAGCAAAUGAGACAAUCCGAAGAUCCUUCGUUUCAUGAGUUCUUGACACGCAUGAGGCGAGCAGCAUUGACCGAGGACGAUGUUACCCGCCUGAAUUCCAAAUCCAUCCCCUCACUUGUAGAUCCAACCUCGGAGGAUGCCACUGUCAUUGUCAAAUUAAACGCCAUGCGACACUCGAUCAACCGGAUCCGUAUCGAGAAUUUUGCUCAAAGAAGAUCUCAGCGGAUUUAUGUCUUUGCCGCGAUUCACUCCCGGACUAAGUCAACUGCCCCCGUAAACCUUCGACUUCAAGCUCAUGACUUGUUGCUCCAGCCAGAUCACAGUGCCCAGGUCCCAUUUCCAGGUCUUCUUCUUUAUACGAGAGAUAUGCCAACCGUCAUGCUCACUAACGCCUGCACCCCUCUUGGCCAGGUCAACGGUGCCACGGGCACCGCAGGGGGAGUUGUUUUGGAUCCAACUGGAAAGUUUCUGUUCCACAUAUGGGAUCCUAAAGCAUCACUAAUGUACUUUCACAGCCGAAUUGUUUGA